UGAUAUCGAUAAAGGAAGAGUUCACUAGCGACUAACAGUAUAGUUUGCACCAACGUCUAUAAUUGUACAUAGUUUCUUGACCGUUAGAACUUCCAUCCCAGUAUUGGUAUCUAGUGAUAACAUGCCUCCACCUCUCAAUCACCCAUGUCUAGAAUUAGAGCUGCUAGAUCAGACCUUCUUUGUUAAGCAACUUCCAGUUGAUGCAGGCGUCCCAGCAACAAUCGUGAGCGGGCUCGCGGAAUCCCUGGAUAUUCUCCUUCACAGUCUUUCUCGCCUUCACCAACGUGGGGUUAUCAGCCAGGUGGUUUUUAAGGUCACUCCUUUGGACAACAACAACCACAAUCCGUGCAACCACACAUCAAUCCUCGAUUUGCGACCGCAUUUGGAUUCAACGCGCACGCACACGGUCCUCCUGCAUGGUUUGAGAGUCAGGAGGUGUGGUUAUUACAGGCGAGCGGGAGCGGAGCAAGAACUAAUAAUAAGACUACUACGUUUCGUUAGCUUUGGUUAAGACAACUGUAAGGUAUAGAAACUCACGUCUCAGUCUCUGGAAUAGAACUGAGACGCUCGUCUGCGGGAGGCUCAGUUCAACUCUUAUCAGGUGC